AACUGUCAUGUCCACAAUUAAUGGUCAGUGUUAUAGAAUAGACAAAGGUUGUCUGAAACUGCACAGUAUUGGAGUAAUAGCCUUGAAAAAUAUAUGUUGGAUCUGCGCUGGGAUGUGGACUUUCCCCUUGAUAAAUUCAAGGCUUAGAAAAAGGAGCCAUCUCUCGAACAGACACAUACAUCGCUUCUGUCCUGAGAACACAGAGCUAAGCUGUAAAGAAAAGAUUGGAAAGUCAAGGUCAAGAAAAGGUAGAACUUUUAGAUCCACUUGGGUGAGACAGCCUUGAGAAAAAAGUUGCCUGGUUCAAAUGAAGAAAGGACCUAGAACAGGAGCUGGAAAAAAAGGAGGAAGAUGAGAUUUCUUUUACUUCUAGUCUUUUAUCAGUGUGUCAUGGAGAAUGUUGAUAGUAACAGAACUUCAAAUCCCAACUUCAUUUUAAUCAUGGCUGAUGACAUUGGUAUAGGAGACCUGGGAUGCUAUGGGAACAAAACUUUAAGGACUCCCAACAUUGAUAAGUUAGCUAAAGGAGGAGUGAUAUUCACUCAGCAUAUAGCAGCAUCUCCACUCUGUACCCCAAGCAGGGCAGCUUUUUUGACAGGCCGAUACCCAAUCAGAUCAGGAAUGGCUGCAUUGUCACAGAUUGGCGUCUUCUUAUUUUCUGCCUCUUCUGGUGGGCUUCCUUCUGAAGAAAUAACUUUUGCCAAACUUGUGAAGCAGAAGGGUUAUUCUACAGCCUUAAUAGGAAAGUGGCAUCUUGGGAUGAACUGUGACACCAGUGAUGACUUCUGCCACCACCCCCUCAAACAUGGGUUUGAUUACUUCUAUGGGCUCAUAGUGACCAAUCUUAGAGACUGUAAACCAGGGCAAGGCAGUGUAUUUGCCACAGGGAUUCAAACAUUUAUUACCAUGCCAAUUCAGAUCAUCAGCCUCACCCUAAUAACUUUGGAAGUGCUGCAUUUUAUUGGCCUUCUCAGAGUAUCACAAAGAGCCCUAGGUUAUGUCAUUUUGUUAUCUACAAGUUUUUUGGGAAUUUUACUCUUUUUCUUUUAUAAUUUUCGAUAUCUCAAUUGCUUCUUGAUGAGGAACCACCAGAUUGUUCAGCAACCUUUGUCCUACCAAAACCUUACUCAUAGGUUGACAGAAGAAGCUGUGCAGUUUAUAGGAAGGAAUACUGAUACACCAUUUCUUCUUUUCAUGUCCUACCUUCAAGCCCACACUGCUCUAUAUGCAUCAAAAUAUUUCAAAGGAAAGAGUAAACAUGGCUUAUAUGGGGAUGCUGUGGAAGAAAUGGACUGGAGUGUAGGUCAAAUUCUGGAUGCGUUAGAAAAAAGGGAUCUGAGCAACAAGACAGUUGUGUACUUCACAUCAGACCAGGGGGCCCACCUGGAAGAAGUAUCUAAUACUGGAGAAGUUCAUGGAGGAUAUAAUGGAAUAUAUAGAGGCGGAAAGUCUACAAACUGGGAAGGAGGUAUCCGUGUGCCUGGUCUUCUCCACUGGCCUGGGGUGAUACCGCAUGGUGCCCAUAUUCACGAGCCAACAAGUAACAUGGAUAUAUUCCCAACAGUCGUUAACCUUGCAGGGGCACACAUGCCUACAGACAGAAUUAUUGAUGGACAUGAUCUGAUGCCCUUGCUUCAAGGCAAAAUUAUCCAAUCCAAGCAUGAAUUUCUCUUCCAUUACUGUAAUGCAUAUUUAAAUGCAGUACGCUGGCAUCCAGGAAACAGUGAUGCUAUUUGGAAAGCUUUUUUCUUCACUCCAGUCUUUUAUCCUGAAGACUCAAAUGGUUGUUACCAUUCCCAUGUGUGUCAUUGCCAUGGAAGUUAUAUUAGACAUCAUGAUCCACCACUACUCUUUGAUCUCUCCAGGGACCCAGAAGAGAGAAAUCCACUGACGCCAGAAACUGAGAUUCGUUUCUAUGACAUCCUUAAUGUCAUUCAACAAGCAAUAAGCAAUCACACUAAAUCACUGCAUGUAGUUCCUGACCAGUUAUCAUGGGGGAAUAUUUUGUGGAAACCAUGGCUUCAACCGUGUUGCUCUUCUGUCUUUCUCUUCUGUUAUUGUGACCAUGAGUCAAGAGAAUAACUGAACUUGCCAAAGGCAUGAAAACAAUGAAAUACAGAUGCAUGCUUUCUGGAUAAACAAAGCUGCACUUUUAUUUACAAGAAUUGGAACAAGUAUUGUGGGUAGCAAGUCUUUCUUGAACCAGUACAGUAAUUAACUAAUGACAAACCCAGGACUGGUCAGGGUCCUAAUUCAAUUUGACCAUCCUUGGGCCACUCAGCAUCGAUCAAAGCACAGGGAAAUGUCCCUCCCCUGCAACCUAAUACACAACUCCAGUUAACCCUGGGAGAAAGGAGAGGCACACCAUUACUCAAAGCCAGGGCUGCCACCUAUGGUUCAAACCAUGAGAGAAUGUUCCCUUGGCUUGGUCCUUCCAAUCAGCUGAUCAGCAGGACUUAGUGGGGUGAAGGGGGCAUUCCUCUGCAGCUUAACCUGCUCUAGGAAUGCCCAGAAUGGGAAACUUGGGAAUGCCUCCACUCCAUGCAGAACCCUGGGUCACCCUGGCUUCGUGAAUGGGGUGGGAAGCAGAAGUGCUGUGGCUGAAACUAUCCUGAAGCCCCCGGAUAGUUUUUGCCAUCAGAUAUUACCCUCCCUUUCGUCCUCCCCACCCAUCCGCUCUUGCACAGCUCCAGGGUGAUCUGGAGUUGUGACAGAGCUGUGCACUGGAUAGGAGACAAAUGCAUUGCUGAUGGAACUUUCCCAGAGCCCUGGGAUGGUUCAAACUAUGGGAGGAUGUCCUCCUGCCAUACACAACUCCAGGUCACCCUGGGUGUAAUCUGGACCUGAUCACACAGGGGAGCAGAUGCACUUUCAUCUCAGGAGUGCCCCAGAUAGAUCAAGAUAUGAGAUGCUGUCCCUCUGCCCCUUCUUAGCACUAGGUCAGUCUGGUCCUGUGCAAGGGGUGGGAAUCAGAGGUGCUAUGACCGGAACUGUUUUGGAGCCCUGGAACGGUUGGAGAUAUGGGAGAAUGCCCAACAUCCUGUACACAGAUAUGAAGCUGGAGACAUCCUAGGACUCCCUAAGACAAUUCAAAUCAUGAGAGAAAGUGUCCACCCUGAUCCUGCUAAUCAGCUGAUCAGUGGAGAAGGGAAGAGAAAAUAAAGUUGCAGGAUAGGUGAAGGCUUGAUUGAUAAAUUGACAGAUGCAGAAACAUACCAAUAAAGAAAGGUUUUGUAGUAGCAUUGAACACAGGCAGCCAACAUCGCUGUGGCACAAUAAAUGGCUGGCUGAUUGUCCAAUAUAGUUUAUAGUUGACUACACAAUAAACCAGAGCCCCAUUUAACCAGAGAACUAGAUGCUGAUUUUUGAUUUCACCAGUUUGUAUGUGAACAGAUCAGGCAUACUGAAAUGUAGACAUAGGGAGGCAGAAAAAGGAAUAUGUCAUACGAAGCCUUGUGUAGCCAACAAUUAAGCCUAUUUUCCUGCAAUCUGUUGGAUCCUUCCUAGUCCUUCAGUAAGGUCUAUAACAAAAUUAAUUCUUGGGCACUAUCCAGUGCAUGGGUAGCUAGACCUGCCCAUACCAGACAUCAGAACUCCAAACUCAGGCCAUACCAUGAAAGUCUCUUUCCAUCCAUCAGACCAGCUUUUCUGUUAACAGAAGGAACUGCAUGAGAAUCAGAGAGUCUUGCUUUAAGUAUUUGCUUUGAAAGCCCCCAACAGGGUCUGCAGUUUUCUGAGAAGUCUAAAUAGAUUGGAGUUUGGGAGUUCGAAUUCCCCAAAAGCCAAUUGGAUGUUGGCCUAAGGACAUCUGUAGCACUUCAGGCCUAAUUUUAUUACCAGUGUUUACUCUGCACCUUAUCAUGCACAUUUUCUUUCUGUGCUACAGUGUGGCAAACUAUUUGUAUUAGCAGCUUGUACAAACAAGAAAACAUAUCAACAAUCUAUUAAAAUAAUUUGAUGCCUGAUAAUAUAAGGUGACUUCCUCCUUGUCAGAAAACACUAGUUAAAGACUGCAUGUCCAACAGCAUAAUGCAAUAGAGGAUGUUGGAUGGUAUUAGCAAGUUACUAAUGCAAAAAAUGAUCUUUGCUGGUAUUAACAUUAAAAAACUGCUCUUGGGUGGUGACGCAGUUCUUUGGAGCCACUUGUCAUAUGAAUGCUCAUUGUGAUGUGUAGUGUAGCUUUCUGCCUAUUUAACCUGAUGCACUGGAGUGUAAGGUUUCUUAAAUUCAUCUAUAUCUUACCCUCUUCCUUGGCCACUAUGAUGCCAUAUUUCUGUAUUACCUAUUUUGGAAGCUUUGCCUCAAAUGUAUUAUUUUUCAUCAUUCAUCUAAAUGUUGUGCCAUGUAUCCUAUCUGAAAGUUGAAGAUAACAAAGCAAGAUCCUGUGCAUAGUGACAAGGUAAGUCAGGUCACAUGACUCCCUGCUAACCAGUAUGAGUUAUUUGUAUUACAGCUGAAAAGCCAUGUGAUAUCCAUUCAGCUUGGUUUCCUGUCUACUUUAUUUUAUCCCCAAAAUAUACAUUAAAUUUAGCAACAAAAGAAUCUGCACUUGUUGUACUACAAGUAGUUUUGUGGUCAUCUACAUGGAUUUUUGAAUCAUGGAUUUUUUGUAAUGCAUAUAUUUUUUGCUUACUAUAUAGCAAUGAUUCGUUUGAAUCUGUCUGUAACUUCUUUUCUUCCAGCAGCUGCUUGGCUGUGAGCUUAAUAUGUCCCUCAGUGGAUGCUCUUAAUGAUAUCCACAUCCUUCUCUUUUCCUCUGGAAGUUGCUUUCUUUUCUUCACGAGGCUGGAAUGGGAGUUCUUUGUCAGAGGAAGCAACUAGUAUGUGUUUCCUGAUUAAGACUCUAAGGGAGAUAAUUCUUCCACUUACCUCUCUGGUGUCUUUUCUCAGCAGACCUUAUCUCUUAGUUGUCCUUCUGAUCUUUUUUUCUGGAAGAUACAUACCCCUUAAAUACUUCCUAACCUAUUCUUCCCUUCUUCACAAUCCACAGCUCUUUGAACACCAGAGCUAUUCUGCUUUUUGUCACUUAGAAGGUAAAAAUCUUGACAUACAAACUCAGUUUUCCUGGGCUUUACUAUGCCAUUAACCUUCUAUUUAUUAUUGUCUAUGGCCUAGUGAGAAUGCGUGAGUUAAUGGUACAUUAUAAAAUCAAGGAAAUAUUACAAAUAGAUAAAUCUGGACAGUACAGUGUAUUUCUUGUUUCUGGCACAAAUAUAUUUACAAAAAUCUGAUGUAACACCACUUUUAACAUUUUGACAUUGCAAAUAAAAUCUGAAAUCUAUUUAAUGUUACAAUUGUUGCUUCAAUAAAGAUUUUAUUUAAUGUAAUACCAUAUUUUUCAGCACUUCUGCUAGAUGUGUUUUUGUUUGGUAUAUAAAAGAAAAUGAUCCCUUCUUCUGCAUUACAAAUGUACUAUAUCUUUCAGUUCUGUAUCUUCUAUUUUGAAUCUCAUAUGUCAGACUGUGAUAAUUAAAAUAUGUUUGUUUAUACACAGGAUAAAAAGAGAAGCACAAUGUACCAUUUUGUAUUAUUGCAUUUUCUGCCCUAACAAAGAAAAGUUUGUUUUUCACAGAGGGUGGCUAAGUCAUAAAUCCUAUUUAUUAACAAGAAAUGUGCUUUUGAUAUGUAUUGAGACUGCUGUUUUCAUCUCUGUAUGUUAAUUAUCCUCUGCCUAUACAAAUAAUUUAACAUGGUAACAUGUUUGCAGUUUAGGUCAAUUUAACUGGGUGUUUAGCUUCAGAGGAAAGCUGAUCUUUUGGUUAAUAUACUAUCAAACAUUCCUAGGUCCAUGUCUUCUUCCAUGCUAGACUCCCUGUGUGACCUUGUGAAAGUCAGGAUGAGAUCUACAGAGGUGUGGUGAUGCCAUGUGACACUGCUCCUCUAGAUUGGUGCCAAGUUGCAAAAGAGGAAUUCACAAACCUGAGUCUUGAGAAGGCAAAGCAUUGUCAUGCAGAGACACUCUGAGUUAUCUCUGCACAAGUCAGAGUGAAUCCUUUUCUGGGAUGUUGUGAUGAUAAAUACAUUAAAGACUUUAGGAUGUAGUGUUAUUGCAGGCCCUAUAAGUACCUAAAAUCAGAUACUUGGAGCUGAACAUUUUAUAUUACCCUAUAAUAAUUGGUUUCUAAUAACAAAGGAAACCCUAAGACAUCUACAUAGCAGAAAGCCAAUCUUCUUCCUGAGUGCUGAGUAACAUCCAAGCUAAAGGCUGGAUCCUGCACAUCCUGAACUUCAGGUUCUACUAUAUAUGGUUAUUAUUUAGUGCAUGUGGGUUCAGGGCCUAAAUAUGAGAUAACAGGUGGCUAAGAAGAGAAGCAUUGGGGCGUUCAGAGGAAGAUAUUAAUGUGGUAUUUUGAAGUAUUUUUAAUCUCAAUU